AUGAGUCCAAAGAUCAAGCGCGAGGCUGAUGCGGCUACACAAGCUAAACCAGCCAAAGUUACCGACGGUCCUAGCAAGGCCGCCGAGAUUCAACUGGAAGAGAAGUUGGCAGCGCCCAAGGGGGCGAUGGACAAGAUGGGUGUGGUGAUGCUCGGAGACAUCAGCGACCGAAUGAAUUGCACGGAGUCGUCCCAGAGAGCACAAACCAGCAGGUACGUCAAGGUACCUUCGGAACCUCUUUCUAGAUCGGUCCUGGGAGCGGGGAUGACCCUACAAGCUUUGGAGGAAUCUCCUUCUCGCAAGAGGUCUCCAAUCGACUUUUGA